CCGAGGAGAGAGCGCAGAGAGCGAAUUAACCCCCACACUCUCCCAAUCGCGUAAUCCUCACUGCUCCUCACGCUCUCACUCCCACUCUCACUCGGCUGCUCGCUGCGGCGGCGGGGAGCGGCAGGCAAGGGCCAGGAUGCGGAAGGACGGCGGCGGCGGCAUUGCGGCCGGCCCGGCCCCCGCGUUCCUCUGCUUCGACCUCAAGCCGUUCCUCGCCGCGCUCACCGUGCUCACGCUCGUCGCCGCCGCCUGGCAGCUCCGCUCCUACGGCUCCGUCCUCCCCUCCCCGCUCUCCGUUUGCCCCGACCCGGCCGCGCUCUCGCCGCCCCGCCCGCUCGCCGUGCACGCCAGGACGGCGCCCUUUAGCAAUGCGAGUGGGAGUGGCUCGCUCUCUUCCGCGCCGCUGAAAGAGGGGCGCCCGAGUGUGCCGAAGGUGGGACGGCCGGCAGCGGCGCCGCCGGACCCCAACAGGCGGGAGUUCCGCGCGGUGGGCAGCGCGGCGGCGCUGUUCGUGCAGAUGGGCGCGUACCGCGGCGGGCCGUACACCUUCGCCGUCGUCGGCCUCGCGUCGAAGCCGACGCACGUGUACGGCAAGCCAUGGUUCCGAUGCGAGUGGGUGCCCAACGCCGGCGCCAACGGCUCGGCGGCGGCGGCGGCGCGGCCAAUGCGCGCCGCCAACACGUACCACAUGCUCCCGGACUGGGGCUACGGCCGGGUGUACACCGUCGUGGUGGUGAACUGCACGUUCGCGCGGGUGCCCAACGCCGACAACGCCGGGGGCAGGCUCGUGCUGAACGCCUACUACGGGCCGUCGCCAGCGCGGUACGAGCGGAUCGUGGCGCUGGAGGAGGCGCCGGGGGCGUACGACGAGGCGGCGUUCCGGCCGCCGCACCGGUACGACUACCUCUACUGCGGCUCGUCGUUGUAUGGGAACCUCAGCGCGCCGCGGGUGCGGGAGUGGAUGGCGUACCACGCGCGCUUCUUCGGCCCGCGCUCCCACUUCGUCUUCCACGACGCCGGCGGAGUGAACCCCGCCGUGCGCGCCGCGCUGGAGCCGUGGGUGCGCGCCGGCCGCGCCACGCUGCAGGACGUGCGCGCCCAGGCCGAGUACGACGGCUGGUACUACAACCAGUUCCUCGUCGUCAACGACUGCCUCCACCGGUACCGGCACGCCGCAAAGUGGACAUUCUUCUUCGACGUCGACGAGUACAUUUUCCUGCCCGACGGCCGGACGCUCGAGGCCGUCCUCGCCGAUCUCGAGCCCUACACGCAGUUCACCAUAGAGCAGAACCCCAUGUCGAGCAGGUUGUGCGCCCGGAACCCCGACGACCCGGAGACCGACUACUCAAAUCAAUGGGGGUUUGAGAAGUUGGCUUUCCGGAAUUCAAUCACUGGAGUAAGGCGUGACCGGAAGUAUGCAAUUCAGGCGAAGAAUGCAUAUGCCACCGGUGUACAUAUGUCGGAGAAUGUUAUUGGGAAUACCACACACAAAACGGAGCAUCUCAUCCGGUACUACCACUACCACAAUACUAUCAAUGUGCUCGGCGAGGUAUGCCGUGAGUUUGUGCCCAUUCCACCCAAGGGUGGAUUAACCUGGUCUGAGAAGACACCCUGGUACUACGAUGACAGCAUGAAACGCCUAGCUGACACAGUGCGGGAAUUCGAGAGGAAGACCAUUGGUGAUGUGCGAGUAUGAAUGUGGCAAGAUCAACCACCAGAGAAUGAACCAUUGUAUAGUAUUAGUGCUGGCCUCUCAUGAGGAUUGACAAGGGCAUGAUGUGAUCAGCUGAACAGAUAACUUACGAUUUGGAGCUCUCUUGAGCAUAGAGAGAUGUGAAUUAAAGUGAAGCUGCAACCCCGAACAAAAUGGAAGUUUGUGUGCCACUACAAUUCAAUUUCUGCAAAGGUGAGGAUUUUGUAAACAGACAUCUCAUCACUGUAAAUCUCAUUGUUUUAUUUAUGAUAUAUAAAGUGUAUUUCAUUCACUUAAAGAUACAAUUGCAUAAGAAAUUUAUAUGAUGCUGAACUUGGGUCAUUUGCAUUUCCAAACCAUGGGAGCAUUCCUAAAUGGCACUUUUAGCUCAUUUUGUUGGACCCACAAGUAAUGCAUAAGCAUAAAAAGGCAACAGUUUCUCACCACGUACUGGAUAUAAUUUGUAGGCAUGAGGUAAUCAAAUCUACAUGAUUUUGAAAUCUGUAGCCCUAAAGCUAUUGAGUAAUGUUGUAGUCUCGUAGCUAGAAAGGCAGAAAAGAAUAGGGGACCGGAAGAUGGGCAUGGGUUGUAUGAUUGGGGAAGGUGGCUUGGCCUAUAGCAUGGUGCUGUGGACUUGUGGUGUUGUCUCCAGCUGCUGCCUUUUUUGUCAUAGCAUUGCUGUUUCU